AUGCACAGCACCGGGCUUCUGACUAGCCUAACCCUGCUGCUUACACUGGUGACAGCGACCCCAUCAUCGCAACCAGCUCAUGCGAUAUCCCAAGUCUACGACACAACAGACAGACUUCCACUCCCAAACCAAGGCAACAUAGCCGCACACGACCCCAACAUCCUCCUUUGGGAAAACUGGUACUACCUCUUUCAAGGCGGGGUAGGCAUUUUAAUCCAUCGCGCGCAAAAUCUCAGCGGACCCUGGGAAGAUGUGGGCACAGUCCUCUCGGGCCCCUCAAUAAUCCAUACGCAAAAUCGCACAAGACCCUGGGCUCCGACAACAAUCGAAGCAAACGGUACAUUCUACUGCUACUACACACUAAGUCAGCACGGUUCCCGCGACAGCGCAAUCGGAGUCGCGACAACAACCUCUUUAUCUGGUGAAAGCCACGACUGGACUGAUCACGGCGCGAUUAUCCAUACAGGCAGUGGGAAAGGCUCAGAUGUGCAUCCGUUUUCAGUCUCGAACGCUAUCGAUGCAUCUUUCAUUAAGGAUAAUAGCACCGGCCAAAGCUAUCUGAAUUUCGGUAGCUUCUGGACCGAUAUUUGGCAGGUUCCGCUUGCGGAUGAUUUACUUUCGCUUAAAGAUCCCUCGAAUCCAGAUGCUGUGCAUUUGACUUUCUUGCCGCAGCAGAAACAGAGGCCUGAGGAGGGGUCUUGGAUGAGUUUUCAUGAGGGAUAUUAUUAUGCUUGGUUUAGUCAUGGGAAAUGUUGUCGGUUUCAUAAGGGGUUUCCCGGUCGUGGGAAGGAGUAUGAAAUCAGAGUUGGGAGAUCGACUAGUCCCAGAGGGCCUUUUGAGGAUAAAGAUGGGAUGAAUUUGCUUGACGGGGGUGGGACGGUGAUCUAUGCCUCAAAUCAUGGGGUGGUCUAUGCUCCUGGUGGGUUGGGGGUUUUGGCUGGGAAUGGGUCCACGCCGGAUAUUCUUUAUUAUCAUUAUUUGAACACGAGUAUUGGGUUUACUGAUGAGGAUGCUCGUUUGGGUUGGAAUUACCUGAAUUAUACGGAUGGGUGGCCCGUCGUGAUUGACGGGAAUGAUAUUGGGACUACGAGUGCAGGAUCAAUUCUUUCGGUUCCAAGUGGGAUUGCGUUGGCGAUGGCUAUGAGUUUAUGGCUGUACAUUUGA